ACAAGACUUAUGCAGAUCCAACAACAAAGGGGAAAGUUGGAGGUACGAGGUCGGCGGCGAUUGGCAGUAUGCACCGUAUGCUGUGGCUUCAAUUAUGAAUACGUCCAUACCUUUGGACAUCUCUACACUCCUGUCUCAUCCUGUCUCAGUUCAUGAAAGCAGUGCUCUCUGUAGACAACUCGUGUUCGGAAAGAAGACGGUAUGGUAGUACGUGUCAAAACUUCUGCCCUGGUCAAGUGAUGGAUGUGUGUACGUGUACGGCAAGGUCGAGAAACCAACACUAUUCCUGCGUACCGGCCUUGCAAAGUGGCGGUCGGUGACUUUUGCUUGCACCGCAUGUCCAUUAAAGCAGUGAUCCUCUCGCCUCGUACCGAAAAUCUGCACUCUGGGUGUGUUCAGCGAUGCCACUAGAUGGCU